UUUUGAAUUUUUGAGCAAUAUAUAUAUCAAGCCUCCAAACACUCCUCCUUUCACAACUUUGUGUUGUAAUAUAAACAAAAUCCACAACUCAAAAUAAUUCUCUCAAUACCCAAAGUCUUUGUGGUUUCAAAGAUUUAUACCCUCUUGAUAAGGGUUUGAUGUGCGGUGGUUCUAAGAGUAAACUCAGCCCUUUUGAUUUGAAGAUGGAGGCUGGAUUGCAAGAGGAGAAGGAAGUGAUUUUGCAUAAAAAUUGCUCAAAAUUGCUUGAACUGGCAGCCACAGACGAUUUGGCUGGCUUCAUAUGUGAAGUAGAGGAGAGGGGUUGUGAUGUUGAUGAAGUUAGCUUUUGGUAUGGCAGAAGCUUUGGUUCUAGGAAGAUGGGGUUUGAAGAGAGAACCCCUGUCAUGAUUGCUUCUCAAUAUGGAAGCACAGAGAUCUUGAAGUAUAUUGUUGGAACUGGCAAGGUUGAUGUCAAUAGAGCUUGUGGCUCCGAUGGGGCCACUGCUCUUCACUGUGCUGCUGCCGGUGGCUCGUGGUCGUCGGUUGAGGUUGUCAAGCUCUUGAUCGAUGCCUCUGCCGAUCACAAUCUUCUUGAUGUUAAUGGGAAGAAGCCCGGUGACCUGAUUGCUCCUUGUGUCAAAUCUUCUAGCAAUUCGAAGAGGAGAACACUGGAGAUGCUGUUGAACGGAAUUAGUGUUGUCGAGGCUUGUGAUCAGGAGGAAGAAGAAGGAAAAACGCCCCGGGCUGUGAAAGAUGGGAGCGAAAAGAAAGAGUAUCCGGUUGAUGUAUCUUUGCCGGAUAUAAACAACGGAAUAUAUGGGACGGACGAGUUCAGAAUGUAUAGCUUCAAGGUGAAGCCGUGCUCGAGGGCUUAUUCUCAUGACUGGACUGAGUGCCCUUUUGUCCAUCCCGGCGAGAACGCGAGGCGGCGUGAUCCAAGGAAGUAUCAUUAUACUUGUGUCCCUUGUCCUGAAUUCAAGAAGGGAAGUUGUGCGAAAGGCGAUGCUUGCGAAUAUGCUCAUGGUGUCUUUGAAUCCUGGCUGCAUCCUGCCCAAUACAGAACCCGUCUUUGCAAGGACGAGACCGGUUGCUCGAGAAAAGUGUGCUUCUUUGCGCACAAACCGGAGGAGUUGCGCCCAUUGUACGCCUCGACAGGCUCAGCUAUGCCUUCUCCAAAGUCUGUGUCGGUUAAUUCAUUAGACUUGACAACUCUUAGCCCGUUGUCCCUCGGCUCCUCUUCUCUAAUGCUGCCUAACUCUUCGACUCCGCCCAUGUCUCCAUCGGUUUCUUGUUCGUCUCCCAUGGGCGGAAGCAUGUGGCAGAACAAGAUCAACCUUACACCACCCACCCUUCAGCUCCCGGGGAGCCGGCUCAAGAGUACUUUGAGCGCAAGAGAUAUGGAAUUGGAUAUGGAGUUGCUGGGAUUGGAGAAAAUCCGCACUCAGCAAAGGCAGCAGUUGGUGGAGGAGAUGGCUAGCCUUUCUUCCCCAUACAGCAGAAUUGGGGACUUGAAGCCUACUAACCUCGAUGAUGUUUUCGGAUCUCUCGAUCCAACCUUACUAUCUCAGUUGCAAGGUCUCUCACCCAAAGUUAACACCACCUCCAGUUCCCAUUUACAAUCUCCUACCGGGCUUCAGAUCCGGCAGAACAUGAACCAACUGCGGGCGAGCUACCCAUCAAACGUCUCUUCCUCACCGUCAAGGAAGCCCUCCGCAUACGGGUUUGACUCCUCCGCGGCCGUGGCUGCAGCCGUCAUGAAUUCAAGGUCGUCGGCAUUCACAAAACGGAGCCAGAGCUUUAUUGACCGCAGUGGAGUUGGCUACCGCUCCAGCCUUUCAGGCUCAGCCAAUUCACCAAGUCUAAUGCCAUCGAAACUCUCAGAGUGGAGCUCUCCGGAUGGGAAGUUAGACUGGGGCUUCAAUGGGGAGGAGGUGAACAAGCUUAGGAAAUCGGCAUCUUUCGGUUUCCGGAGUGGUAACACCAACACACCUUCAGCCAUGGCUGCAUCAAACAUCGAUGAGCCAGAUGUGUCUUGGGUUAAUUCACUGGUGAAAGACGUUCCGGCGGGUGGUACUUCAGCCGGAGCAUACGGUGGUGAUCAGAGGCAGAGGCAGGGAGGUGUUCAUGAUGCAAUGCAGCAGCAUUGGCUUGAUCAAAUGUACAUAGAGCAGGAGCAGAUUGUGGCUUAACUUGAGCAGCAUUCUUGCCACAUAAAAUUGCUUGAAGAUGAUGAUGUUUACUGCAUAGGGUUGAUAUUCUUUCAAAUUCUUAUUUAUACCAUUAUUAUAUCUAUAGUGAGUAGAUUGAAGAGGGAGACUUAACAGUUUCUUGAAAGCAUUACUGAUCAGAAUAUGCUUCUGGGGUGUUGGAAAGAUUAGACUGAAGAAACAAGAUUUGUUCAUUUUUUUUCAAAUUUUAAUUUUAUUUUUUCGAUAUGAGUAUUCUUCCAUAUUGAAGAUCAUAUAAGUAAAUCAAAGGAAUGAAUUUUCUGCAUUUUACAUUAA